AUGUGGAAUAGCGUCAAUGACAGUUGUUUGGAGAUAGAGCUGGAAAGCGCCGAAACUCUGUGCGACGUAGAGUCUGUUUGUGAGAAAGUGAGAAAGAGUGAAUGCACACUAGCUGAGAAAGAGCAGCAGCUGGAAGAUGAACUGAAGCGACUUCGAACAGAAAAACUCAAUUUGUCGUUUGUAAGGAAAAAAGCAGAGACAAAGAGAAUUGCCAUAAAGGCUCUCAAAGGUCUGAUUUGUAACCAAACUAUUUCUAAAGACCAUCUGAAAUUACUUGCUGCUGAGCUACAAGACACGAGCAGUCUGCAGUUAGCUAUUAAAUAUAUUGGAAACCGUCAGCUGAUCUUGAGCGAAUCUAUUCAGAGGUUUCUCACCGACAUAGAGAGGAAGAAGAGAAUGAUAGUGGCAUUGCCAGUUGUUGAUCAUCUUACUGUGAAGUUUGUAUCUCAGUUGGCAAAAGGUUUUGUGGAUAACAUGGAUGAACUGGAGAUGUUGAAAGGUAUAAAGGAAGAACUUAUUGGCAGACUGAAGUCAUCAGAUUGUCACUCAAUGAAACAAGAAAACGCAGUCAAAAUGGUUGCGUCUCAAGCAGCAUGCAGAGUGGUCAGAGUAUUAGAUGGGAAGUUGCUGGGAUGUGAAUCUGUUUGUGAGCGGCAGCUGUAUGACUUAGCAGUUGAAGUAUCGAGUGUAUGGCGUGAAGUUGCUGUGAGUCUUGGCAUGACUGACGAGAUGGUCACGUUCAUUGAAAGAGACAGUCAUACUGCAAGAGAACAGUCAUGGAUAAUGCUGAAACAUUAUGUGUCAAUGACUCAAAAUAGAAAUGUUCACGAGGCUGUUUACAGCAAUCUGCAUUCUAUAAAGUGUACCAAGAAUUUUUCAGAAGCCGAAAGAUCUAUUUUCCCUUUAUUUUUUUACAAUGAAUCUCGUUUUUGUGGCCGACAAAGAGAAUUUGAAUUAAUGGAGAGCUGCUUUUGGAACCAACAAGUUACACAAAAUCAGACUUGUCGGGUACAGUCUUUUGUGCUGCAGAUUAUUGACGGCACUGCUGGUGUUGGCAAAACGGCUUUAGCUGUACAGUAUGCUCUUGCGUAUCGCCGUGCGUAUUAUGAUGGUGUGUUUUACUUCAGCGCUGAGUCAUUGCCAUCUCUUCAUGUGUCUCUGAGACAGCUGUCAGUUAUGUCCGAGUCAUCAUCUAAUGGAAAUUUGUUUGAAGACAAUCGAUGUUUCCUUAAUUAUAUCACACAGCAUUCACAAGUUCUUAUCAUUUAUGACAGUGUUUGUGACAUUGAUCUUCUUCAGCGUGUUCUUCCACUUCCAACAAGCAAUGCUCAUAUUCUAGUAACUACACGAAUGACUGAUUUCCAUUUAGUAAUGAAAGCUGCUCAGAAUUUUAUUCAUUUGGAUCCAUUACCUGUGGACCAUGCUGUGAGUGCUAUUUUGUCUUGGUCAUCUUGCUUGUUAAAAUAUCAAAGCGAAGAUGAGGUUCAACGUGCUAGAGAACUUGUCAGUUGUUUGCCCAUAUCGUCUUUACCACUGAGCAUUGUGCAUGCAGGAAGACUUGCUCAAAGUUGUGGCAUUAAUUUCAGUCAGCUGAAGGAGAUACUGGAUAUGAGCGUAAAAGAAUUUAGGUUGAUUGUAUCAAACAUGCACAUGCUGUUUGAUAGUUUUCACCUGACUCACUUGAAAGAACAACUGAUGAGGCAUUUGUCAUCUCCUGACCAAUUACUACUUGCACAGUUUGAAGACAUCAACUUAUUGGAUAUAUCGUCUCAUGAUAAACUAGUUUUAUAUGUGAUAAAACAUCGGCUUUCAGACUCACAGUUGUCUCACAUUGUUUUUCAACUCGCAUUAAAUCAGGUGGCUGAAUCAGAACCCGAUGCUAUUGAAAUGCUCGAGUCUACGUGUCUUAUGGGAUCAGAAAAUGUGCCUGGCAGUAUUAUUGAACAGAUUGUGUUUGGAGACCGUGAACACAAAAGUUUUUAUUUUAGCAAGGCCGUAGUUAUCUUGUCUUCGUUGUCUUUGGCAACAGUUUAUGAGUCUAGUGACAAAUAUUACUUGUCUCUUCACCCAGCUAUUCAAUCAGUUCUAAUCGAAAGAGUCAUACUCUCGGGCAUGGAAAGAGUUCAUAAAAAGCUCACAGAUUUGUCUGAGUGUUUAAUGAGUUGUACUCAAUUGGCAUCACAGAGAACUAUUAGAUUCAUGGACAAAAAGCAACAAACUGCGCUAGCAGUUCAUCUCUAUUGUGUAGCUGGACAUAUCUUGUCAAACCAAUGUAAUACUCUGCCAUGUCGACAGCUGGUGACAGUGGCAUGUACAACGGCUCUAGAUAUGGGACACAAUGCAAUUUCAUUUGAUCUCUGCAAUCAACUGUUGAAGAUGGUUGAGCUUACGUCUAGAGGUGAUGAUGCAAGAAAUAUCUCAAGUCUUUGGACAGCUCUAGUCUUGCUGGGCACAUCUAGUCAGCGCUGUAAUGACUUACUUAGUGCUCAAAAUUGUUAUGAAAGAGCACUCCAAUGGAUUGAAAGUGUCGGAGAUGAACCACUCGAUGAACUAGGUGGACAAGCGAAGGCUGUAUUAGCUGAUGAGUACAGCUUUGUUCUUGACGAGCUGGCGAGGUGUUAUGGUGCCAAUGAGUCUAGUGUUGAUCAUACAGGAAUGUAUACUGACCGUACAAGGAACAAGGAACAAGCUGAUGUAGUUAGGACUGCAAUUGAACUACAUAACAUGGGAACUAAAUUUCGUCAAGCUGGACAGCUUCAAAAGUCUGUUGAGGCAUAUGAGCAAUCUCUUAGUCUUUGUGGUUGUUUGCAAGCAGGUGGUGAACUCAGCGCAGCAAAAGAUGUCGGUUCAGCACAGACUAUGAUCAGUCUUGCUCUUAGUCUAAGUGAAGCAGGUGAAUUUUUUCGUGCAAGGAGUUUGCUAGAAAAUGCAGCAACUGCUAUGAAACGCUUUCUUCCCCAUAACCACGCAACAGUUGUCAACACUGUCUCUUUAUAUUAUUGGUGUUGUGUGGACUGUGGUGAUAACAAACAAGCACUGAAACUGGCAAAAGAGCUGUUGAGUAUAAGAAUGUCAUCACUCUCUUCUGAUCAUCCUGAUAUUGCUUGUUCAUUGUCGAAUGUUGCUGUAAUGAAUAUGAAAGCUGGUGGUAGUCUUGAUGAAACGAUUGCAAUAUCUAAACAGUGUGUUGGAAUCUGGAGGCUUCAUUUACCAAAACAUGCGAAACAGCUGGCGCUCGGAUUGCACAACUUGGGAUAUUUUCAACUUAGAAGGAAGCUGUAUGUCGAGGCAUCAAUAUCUCUUGAAGAAUCUGUAAAAAUCACACAAUCUGUUAGUGGAUUAGCAGAUGGCUAUACUUUUGCUCAAACUCUAAUCUAUCUUGGUGACUCACAUUCAGGGUGUGGCAAUUUGGAAUUGGCGUGUACAUGGUACAAGGAUGGUUUGAGAGUUCUGAAAAAGAUUCAUCCACCUGACACCGAGCUGAUGAGUACCGUUCUUAUGGAAUUGGGCAUUUGUACUUACAAUAUGCAUCUCUUUGAAGAAUCAGUGCAAUACUAUGCAAAGGCACGGGAAGGUUUGCUUCACACUGCUCCACAGUCAGAAACUUUCAUUCGAGUGCUUAUUCUUUUGGCAAGAGGCUAUUGGACUGUUGGUCAGAUGGACAAGGCUGAAGAAGUGCUCACUGAGGCAAUAAGUAAAUCCAAGCAAUUUCUCUCUCCAGGCCAUUCUUUAAUUGAGACAGCUGAGAAUCAAUUGCAUUCCGUCUGGCAAGAGAAAUUUGGAAAUAACAGCAUUUAGCAUCCACAAUCAGAGAGUCAUGGUUAUGGUGUGGAUUAUUAACUCAUGCAUAGUAUUGUAUCUUUGUCAUCCUGUUGUGUUGCGUGUCACAUCUAUGUAGUGACUAUUAGAGGAAACUUACAAAAUAUUAGAUUUAUUUGACAUGGGCUAUAUGAAGUAAGACUAUAACUGGCAGGUUUACGGUAAUAAAUUGCACGGCAAGAGAACAUCUCUUUAUUGUAUUUGUCCAUCUAGGAGGCUUUUGUGCUUUUAUUCUUUUUGUGACAUUAUGCACAAUGUUAACAUCAGAACAACUACCACUUCAGAUUAUUACGGUCCUCAUUGCAUUAGAUGCAACACCAUAGUAUACAGAUAACAUAUUUUAAAGUGUAUACAAUCAGGUACGAUGAAAGUGUUAGUGGUUUGUCUGAAGUGAUAAUUGGUUAGGAACAAUAAGUUACAAAGCUUUAGUGUGUCCCUUGUAAUUUGCAUAUAUGAUUUUAUGAAAAUAUGUAAAUUGACUCUAAUAAUGUUUCUACAAGAAUGUGCUCACAAGCUUGAAUGACGAAUAUUGUUGAUAGGAAGCGGGUCUAAAUUUUUCCAUGAGACAUCAUACGUUGUCAGUCUUGACUUGUCCAUUCUGAGGACAUCGUGAUAUGCA